CGUCUGCUCUAUACAAACAAUAAAGACGAAUAUCUCCACCAGCGACAAUGGACAACCUCGGAAAGAUCUCAGCCUUUGGAAAGAACAUCUCUGCUUCUUUCACGCCAUGGGCCGCCAGGACGCAGCAGUUUGUCAAGGAGCAGGUUGGCCAGGUCGACGAUAAGACCCAACUCCCCCCGGACUAUAUUGAGCUUGAGAAGCGCGUCGAUGCGUUGAAGAAGGUGCACACGACCAUGCUCCAGGUCACCUCGCAAUACUCCAACGAAGCCUACGACUACCCGGCCAACCUCCGCGAGUCCUUCAACGAUCUCGGCCGCACCGUCUCCGAGAAAGUCCACCUCCUCUCGAGCGCCACCUCCCCCGCCGAAGCCCAGGCUGCCCUCACUGCGCCGCCCUCGGCGAAGCCGCAGCCCAAGACCUUCAGCCAUGCCGUUGCCCGCGCCGCGGUCAACGCCUCGCACAUGCUCACAUCCGAGCAAACCAGCUCUAGCGAGGAUCCGCUUGCGACAGGUCUCGAGAAAUACGCCAUCGCCAGCGAGAAGGUCGGCGAGGCUCGCCUUGCACAGGAUGCGCAGAUUCAGUCUAGGUUUCUGGCGGGCUGGAGCACAACGCUGAAUACUAACAUCCAGUUUGCGACGCGUGCGCGCAAGGCCGUGGAGAAUGCGCGCUUGAGCCUCGAUGCGACCAAGGCCAGUGCAAAGGGACCUGCGUUUACCCUGCCUGGUCAGACCGGAAGGAAGGACGGUGUCGAAGAGGAUCUGAGUGAAGAGGCGAGGGCGAAGAUUGAGCAGGCCGAGGAUGAGUUUGUGGGACAGACGGAGGAAGCUGUUGGGGUCAUGAAGAAUGUCCUUGAUACCCCCGAACCCCUCCGCAACCUUGCCGACCUCAUCGCCGCCCAACUCGAAUACCACAAGAAGGCAUACGAGAUUCUGUCGGAGCUGGCGCCCGUCGUUGACCAGCUGCAAGUCGAACAGGAGGCAAGCUACCGUAAGGCUCGCGAGGAGCUCUAGAUUGACAAAGGAUUGUGGUGGAUAGACCAUUGAGGAUCAGGAUUGGAUAGGCAAGUUGGGAAAAGGAUGAGG